UCAUUUCGUAUUGGGAGUCCGCGAUGAGGAUGGUUUCUUACAGCACGCUUCUUUGGGUGUGGCAAUCGGAAAGUCGCUAGACUGCGUAGACUUCUUUAAUAGUACUAGUCAUCAUUACCAUUGAAUAGUUUGUAGUUAUGGCAAGAGUAUCAAGUCACGAGGGACUUGGGACUGUUUACAUUCGCGGCCCAUUACUCGAGAUUCAUUCAUUCUCUUCGUAGAUAAAUAUCUGUUGUAGGUCUAUUUUCCUAAGAAACUCUCUAGGAGCAUUUCCAACCCCUAGCUAUUUUCACCUCUAUAUGCUAUAAUAGAAGUAAAAGUGCUCCAUCCCAUCUCUAUUUCCACUUCUAAAAUAGAGAUUGCUAUUUUUUCUUCCAUUUAUAGAGGAAAAAAUAACAUUCCUCUAUUAUAGAGUCAUAUUUUUUUAUUUUUAAAAUAGUCAUUUAACUUUCAAAUUUUUAUAGUUGUAACCAAAAUAAUUAUAUUUAUAGAGAAAUACAGCUUUUGUAGGAGUAUAAUAACAUUUUUUAUGUACAUAAUAGUCUUUUAACAAAACUUUAGUUUAAAAAAAAUCAUAAGUUUAUGAAAAUAUUUUAAAAGUUAAAAAUAAAUAGGGUUAGUUAUUAAUUUUUAUAAACAAAAUGUAUCUUUUGUAAAAUUAAAAUAUAAUCUUUUGAGAAUAUUUCUUUAUAGAGGCAAAAAUAGAGAAAUACAUUGGAGAAAAACUCAUCUAUAUUUUAGAAAUGCUCUAUUUUAGAAGUAAAAAUAGGGGAAUACAUUAGAGAUGGUCUAAGGUAAGCAUGUCUUUCUUUCGUGUUUUUUUUGUCUUCGUUCAUCUUCUGCAACACUGAACGUUUUGUCUUCUUGAGUCUAUUUAUUUAGAGUAGUGCACUAGUGCUGUAUUUUCUGAGUACAGUGUCUCUCUUGUUCUGCUCAUCUCGGAAGAAUAAUCAUUAAACGGUUCCUAAACUCCUUGAUCUUUUAGACACUGUUAAGAAUGUGGUUUGAAUUUUGUAAGACUUCUAAUAGUCCAUAGUAAAACAUUUUCUUUUUGUUGCUCCAUCAAAUGGGUUUUCUUUUCUUCAGAAAUCUUUUAUUACAGAAAUGGCCAAGCAAGUUUGUAAGAAGUUCGCUUGGCUGAUAAAUGACUUCUCCACUUUACAAACUGAUAUCCAUUACUCUGCUCCAAUCCUGAUUGGUGACUGCAAAUGGUUUCUUUUUAUCGAUCCCACGAAAGACUACGUUAACUCUUUGUAUAUGGGUCUUAAUAUUCAUAAUUCUGAAUCAUUGCCUUCUGGAUGGAGAAGAUACGUAAAGCUUCGGCUAUCUGUAGCAAAACAAUAUUCGGGAGAACUUGCAUUACUAAAUGAUAGUACAGAGGUCAUGUUAGCUUUUAUGUACAACGUUUGUAUGGAGUUCUAUGUUGCUCUAGGAUAUUUUAGCUAUGAUACUUUAACUAUUGGGAAUGAAUAUCUGUCUACAGAUUUGCAUCUCUGGUUUGAUCAGAAGAAAUUGGGCUUCCGAUUUUCAACUAAUGUUUCUCUUACCAAACUCCUUGACGAAAAGGAAGAGUUUCAAGUAGAUGGAAAACUCAUGAUUGUUGCUGAGGUAGAAGUUCAUCAAGUUAUUGGCACAUAUGAUUGCUCAGAAGAAUCUCAAUGUGCAUAUGAAUCUCAAGACAGCAUCGAUGUCAAUGGGUUUCAGGUUCUUCCAUCACAGGUCAAAAUUGUGAGUUGUAUUUUUGAGAGACACCCAGACAUUGCAGUAGGGUUCCGUUCAAAGAACCAACUUCUCAGGAAAACAUCUAUGAAUUUCCUACUCAACUUAAUCGAAACGCUAUGCCAAUCUCUUCGGGACCUCUCCACUGAAGAUCUUGAGGAUGCAGACAUUGCUCUGACAUACUUGAAAGAUGUUGGCUUUGAAGUGGACUGGUUGGAGUGGAUACUAGAUGACGUAAAAGAAAAGAAGGAUAAAGAACAGUCUAGUUUGGUAAGGCUACGAGAAAUGAAUGAUAGUUUACUGAAACUGAAGCAAAAAUGUUCUAAACUUGAUGCUUUGGCCAAAAAGGAAGAGGCAGAGUUGUCGGCCACCAGAACCCCUCUCUCAUUCUAUGAUGUUGUUUGAUCUCCUGAGUUCUUACUCAUUUGUUUGUGUCCUCUUCUUUUGUUUUCUCUUUUUGUUUCAAAAUAAGAUAAUUUUAUCUAUGUCUGUUCUUUGAAAGUCUUGGGCACUUAUGGUGAAAGUUGUUAAUUGUGGUCAUGUAUUUAAAAGAGCUUUGCGCAUGAAAAGUAACAUGGUUAUAAA